AUGGAGACGACCUCGGUGUCUUUUUACGACAUCACCGCGAACGUGUCCGUCACCUCUGCCAACGUGACCUUCACCGAAGAUUCCUCUAUGGUUACCGCCCUCCACGUCAUGCUCAUCACGGUCAUCUGGGGUAUCAUCAUCGCCGUCGGUUCCCUAGGCAACCUGAUCGUCAUAUAUGUCAUGUGUUGCCAUGGCGACAGAUCGGCGACAAGUUAUUUUGUAAUCAACCUCGCAAUUGCGGACUUUGCGUUCAUGACGAUCGUGGUUUCGCUCACAACGUCGAUGUACGGAUCUCUGGACUGGCUGUACGGGAACGACGUGUGCAAGCUGACCCAGUACAUGAUACAUGUGAACCUGCUGGCUACGUGUCUUACACUGACCGCCAUGACCGUCGACCGCUACUUUGCCAUCGUCCAUCCCAUACGAUCCCUGAGGUCAAGGACGCCGAAAGUACCCAUCUUCAUCAACAUCGGAAUCUGGUUAGCUUCGUUUUCGCUGAGCACUCCCUACAUCCUCUACUACCGCGUCGUCACCGACUACUACCGCGGCCCCCGUGUCUACUGCAAGGCGGAAUGGCCCGACCCACGCUGGCAGAGGGGUGUCACCGUGGCGGUUGUCAUGGCAACCUACGUCCUCCCGCUCACCGUCAUCAUCCUCUGCUACACCCUCAUCCUAAAACAUCUGUGGAAGAACAAGGUCACCACUCGGCGAGACAACGGUUCUGUUCUGGGACCCCUCCUCUUCAGCUUGUACAUUUUACCAAUUGGAGACAUCGUGAGAAGUCAUUCCCUAAAAUUCCAUCUCUACGCUGACGAUAAUCAGUUGUAUAUUUCCAUCAAACCAUCAGAAGUUUCACAAGGAGUUCAUAAGAUCGAACGCUGCAUAAUGGAUAUCCGGGAAUGGAUGGCUGUCAACUAUUUGAAGUUGAACGACAGCAAGACUCAGUUCCUUGCCAUAGGCUCACGGCAACAGCUGCAGAAGAUGCCACCUGGAAUCACGCUCAAGAUAGGAACUGAGGAUGUGAAGACCUCAAACUCAGCCAGAAGUCUGGGAAUCAUCUUCCAGUCCAACAUGUCCCUAGAUGAAUAUGUCAAGUCCCUCUGCAAGUCAUGUUUCUUUCACAUCUACAACAUCGGCAAGAUCCGCAACUUCCUAGACACCGAGACAACAAAGCUCCUAAUGCAAACACUUGAUCCACAGCCAGCGGUUAGCGAGGGGACUUCCGGUAACACUACGCAUGACCGACGCCGUCGUAAGGUCGCCAAGAUGGUGGCCAUAGUGGUCAUUCUGUUCGCAUCACUCUGGCUUCCCAUUCACGCCUUCAGCCUUGCCUACCACUUCCAUCCCAAAUUCCCGAAGACUCAAGUCCUCUACAACAUCAAGCUCAUUGCACAUACUCUGUCCUUCUUCAACUCCUGCGUGAACCCCUUCGUCUAUGCCUUCAUGGGCGACGGAUUUCGACGUGCGUUCCGGAAGUCCUUCCCAUCAUGCACUAGGCACAACCGUAUCAUACCUUGGGCAGCGACCGAAGCUGGUCAUUCGGCCAUGAACGAUACCCGUAUGACGGAAACCUUUAGAAGCCGCUCAAAUACCCAAAAGAGCUCAAAAGCCUGAUCUGGAUGAACAGUAAUAUGCUAAUUGAGAGGGCUGUCAACGUCCCAUGAAUUUGCUUUGUAUUGCCCGGAUGAAACUCUUUUGAGAGUUUUGUAAUUCACUUUGACGUGCAAAAUGGCCGCCAUAGAAUCAUGUUUUAGUGAAAAGUCCCCCAUUAAUCUUAGCUUACGUCCGCAUUUCCCAUCACUCCAUCCCUUACCCAUCCAUUACACAUUCGUCUACAAUUUAUAUCCAACUGACAAUAACCGUGGGUAUUUGUAUUCUCCCCACUUAACAGAAGCUACCAAGUUAUGACCUGAGUAAAGUUUCCUUUUUAGA